UUUUCAGCAACCUUUCCAAUGACGCGUAGGAUAGGACACCCGUACCAAAACCGAACGCCUCCAAAACGGAAGAAGCCCAGAACGUCCUUUACCCGCCUGCAAAUAGCGGAACUAGAAAAGCGGUUCCAUAAACAGAAGUACCUGGCGUCAGCCGAAAGGGCAGCGCUCGCAAAAACAUUGAAGAUGACGGACGCGCAAGUCAAAACGUGGUUCCAGAAUCGGAGGACAAAGUGGAGGGCGACAAACGGCAGAAGAGCGCGAGGCCGAACGUCAAGCAGCAAACAGACUGAUGCUGAGCCUCCAAGCAGAAGCCCUCAGCAAAGGUUAUAUGGGUGAUGCCGCCGCUUCUGCUGCUGGACCGCCUCCUCAAUCCGCAGGCACCGCCCCUUCAGACACAGCGCUAACGGCGUUGCAGAAUCUUCAACCGUGGGCGGGACCUUAUGCAGCCGCGGCCGCUGCUGCUGGCGCUACGCAACCUCCUUUGACCGAGCCGCUGUGUUGAGUGGACGUCGUUUGUAUUAGCGCCGCCCAAAUGGUGUUAGGCGCCGCCUUCCUGGCGCGGCGCUAGAAAACUUCCAAAUAUGGGCAAAGCCGUAUGCACUAUCUGGCAUUAGCCGAUAUGCUCUGUAGGUUCUCGACAGAACCAUACAAACAAAAAAGUUGCAAUUGCCACUGGUUAAGACGCGGUGUUAAGUGGGCGUAAUUUAUACAGCGCCGCCGCCCAGUAGACGACAUACACAUGGAGAAUAAAGAAAAUGCAAUAGACUUAUUGAUUGUUGUUCAUUUGCGAAUUGUUUGUAUAUUGAGAAAGAUGUUUUUGUAAGUCGUGAAAUACGGUCUGAAAAGUUAAUGCGGGCUUAGAUAUACUACAAAAUGAAACCUGAAAGUUUGACUGAUUACUUUGAAUACCUUGUGUUACUAGUUUUUUAAGCCUGCAAUGAAAUUACAUUGUCACCGCAACAUACUUUGAAUUGAUGUAAGAAGACGCACAAUCUUUGAGUGUUACAAACAAUAAUUCCAAUUCAGCAAAAACACAUUUUAGAUGUAAAACUGGUCCAAAGAAUCAUCUUCAAAGCAUUCCAAGGUAUUCAAUAAAGGGCUAAGAUCAAGAGGUACAUUCAGUCAUUUGAACUGAAUUGCUCAAUAUUCUACUCAAUAAUAUAGAAAAAACAAAAUAUAGAAAAGCAGUUAAGCAUCUUGUUAUUGAUCUUCUGGUCAUCGAGUAUGUAUCGGAGUCUAAUUUUACUGUACGAUUAAAUAAGUGAGAACUUGCUGAUAUCUACAACUUUUUCGAGCAAAAAAUAUCAAGCAGCAGCCUCAUAAGAGUAAUAGCAUUCUACAAUUACGAAUGUACCUGCUGUUUAAAACAGUGAAAAUAUUUUGAGGGUAUUAUUUUGUUUUUUGUACAUAGUGUUUACUAUAAAUGCUUCUUCAUUAUAUCGCUUUUAUAGCAAACGACAAAUGACAAAUUAAUGUAGCACCACUGAAAAUACUUCCACUGACUUCACUCCCUAAUUUUUGACUUUUGUGUGCAAUAUGAAAUGUACAGUCAUUUACAGUUUUCUGUGGUACUUUUACAUGGUUCAAAAGUUCCUCUAGGCUUGCCCUGGAUUAUUAUGUAGGUAGCUGUUGCAAAAAUAAAAGAAUCUCGAAAGCAAACAGUACACAUCAAAAAUGAGGUAUUGUACUGGAAAUGGAUUGGUUUAUAGUACAAUUUUACAUGUUGAAUAGGAUAUGUUUACCUUCCAUCUCUAACAUAUGUCUAUAACCAACCGUAUACUACGUUGUUUCAUGAAUCUCACCACGGUUGGCGAACUAUUCAUAGGUGGCAGUGUCACUUCUUCGAACAAUUGGACAUAUUGACUACUUUGAUUCCAACUAUUGUACUUACUUCCAACAACUACCAGAUUAUUUUUGUGAUGCCUCACAUUUAGUGACAUUGUAAUAGCACAUUUAAUCAGUAAAUUUACAAGUGGGAAACUAAAGUAACUUGGACUAUGUCUCAACUUCACCUGAACUAUUAUCCAUAAUAAUUGUUCCUCAUUGUAAUUUACAGAUUAACUGCAUCUCAAAUAAGUCAGUAAACCGCCACCACAGCAAUGAACUUUUUGGGACAAAUUUUUGCGUAAGCGAAAGUGGGCAGUCAGAAUGCUCUGCAUAAUAAGACGGACGGCCGUUAUGUAAUGAACGUAUCUUCAGAAGUGGCAUUGCUUUGUAUAUACUGUGUCAUAUAUAAGGGGUGUUACUUAAUGUUAGGCCUUAAUUGCAAACCAAAAAGUAGAAACGUUCAUAUGAACAUGUGUCCCAAAAAAAUCCUUGUAUCGAUUUUGUUGAGUUUUAGCAAUGUUAUCAUUGCAAUAAGACGCCAAGUUAACACUUUCUAGAAGGUAAUUAUGAAUUGUGAGUUAUUUAGGGGAGCAGUUAAACUAAU